AUGCCAGGUAAACCUGCACCCAUCAAGAAGUCCCCAGCCAAGAAGGCUGCCGUGAAGGCACCUGAGCCCGCCCCGGAGCCUGCACCCGCUCCAGCAGAGGCUCCACCUGCAGAGGCUCCACCUGCGGAAGCUGCACCUGCGGAGGCUGCACCUGCGGAGGCCGCUCCCGCCGAGGCGGCACCGGCUGAGGCUGCUCCUGCACCUCCGGCAGAGGAGACCCCGGCUCCGGAAGCACCCGCUCCAGGUACUGCAGAGAGUAGAGAUAAUGUAGCCAGUUUGAGGAGAUUAGCCGACUUGGAGAAACACUGCUGCCUUUAUAAGUGACAGGAGCCUUUUUUCCUUUCUCCAACUCAAAGUGAGGGGUUAAUUUGGCGAAAACUACCUCCUAGAGGUUUUAAGUGAAGUGUUGGAUUAACUCAGGGGUCUUACCAUGUCGCUUGAGCUGAAGUAUUGACUGAUAAUUACAAACUGAUUUUUUUCUCCGGUUUUUACAUUUAUCUGCAGCUGAAGAAGUAAACAAGUCUGUGAAACUUCUGUAAUAGGCUACAGAACACAGACUUUAUCUUAUCAUAUAUUGAUUCAGCUUUUGUUAAAACAUGAGCAUGUCCAAACAUUAACCUUUUUUUUUUUUUAUUCAUUUUUAUUUAUUUAUUUUUUUACCCUUUUAAUAGCAGGCUUCUGAUGAGUUAUCUUACAGUUGUAGCAGCCAUUGCUCUUAUAGCCUCUAUGAUUCAGCAGAUGCUAGUAUAAUGUUUCUUCAUAUUCAGAGUUUGAAUGAUAGAUACUACAACUCUUGCCCUGAGCAGCAGCCCAUCUUGUAAGGAGCCACAAAUAGCCACAAGUAUUAGAGGAGCUGCAGCAUCUAUGACCUUCUUCUCUUAUUUAACCAAAUAGAUAAUGUUUGUUUUCUACAUUAGGUUGUUUUGCAUCUCAGAGUUUAGUUUAAACCUAAUUUAAUGAACAUAGGGGGAUAGAAACGUGUGAAGAAUUAUACUAGCUGUAGACGGAUCAGGCUACUGAACUGAGCUGAGAUAAAAUCCACAUGGGUGGAUUGUUUUUCCAGUCCCACUUUAGCCUCCUUGAUCUAAACCUGAAUCUAAUACAGUAGUUCGAUGGCUCUUGCUUUUCAAAUUAAUUUCCCGAGAGGUUAUUUUUUAUUACAUGUAAAAAACACAUAACUUUGAAAUCCUGCAUAAACCGUUCCUGCAAAAAAUGAUGGAACAAGUAGCAGCUUAUAUUGCAUGGGACUCACAUACUAGCUAAGUUAUUGGACCCACAAGUGGUCACUACAUCAGCCCCCAAGGCCUGGUAAACACAGAGUUUCAUGUCCUCUAGAUCAGUGGUUCUCAACUGGUGGGUUCCGACCCGAAAGUGGGUCAAGGACACGUUCUGGAUGAGUCACGAACAGCUGGUCAAAAAAAUAAAUAUUUAAUACGAUAUUUAUUAGAUAUUUGAUAUUUUCUGUAUAUGCAACUUCAGUAGUUGUUGUCCCCAUGUGUCCCCUUCAUGUGCUCUGAAAUCCACUUUAUUCAAUAAAACAAAUGGAUUUAUGUUAAAGAUUAGAGUCUUUAAAUUAUUUUUUUUUUUUUUGUAAAAAAUACAUUUGCUUGGUUUGAAUUCUAUAAAAGUGGGUCACGACUGAAGGACCAUGAGAAAAUUUGGGUCCCAGAGUGAAACCAGUUGAGAACCACUGCUUUAGAUUUCCUCUACAUGAAAUAAAAGUUAUUUAAAGUGUUUGUUUACCAGUCCUUGGUUGUUGCAGUGCAUUACUUAUGGAUUUAAUGAGUGACUGCUGUUGUUUUGCUAACCACAACAUGUAACCCCUAGCUUCAGAUGAGGGCACUCCCCCUGAGGAAGGAGGUGACUUGACAGCUCCUGCUGAGGGUAAACACACACCGUGGGUGUCCAAAAUGCAGAGCACGAUGUUUGUGUGGGUGUCCCACUGUGCACAACACGUGCUUGUGUUUCUCCUUCCUGAUUAGUGUUUUAAGUAAUUUCUCUAUUUUUGUGUUUUUAUCCAUUCAUCUUGGGCUCUGUGUGUCUCAAGUUUUCCCUUUGUUGGACAUGUUUGGUCUUCAGUUCUCUCCGUGUCUUCCAAAUGUGCUCACGAGUUAGUUUUUGUAAUCAGCUCCUCUGUCUGUGUCAUCCUGACUUGCCAAAGCUUUGUACCUCUUACUCAAUCCUGCUGCUUGCUUCGCAGGAGUACUUUUAAUCAAAUUAGCCUAACAUUGAUUGAUGCCCAGCAUGAUUAAUGUAACAUUGUAAACCACUAAUUGGCUUUCCUAAUGGCAUUUAAACGCUAGCUGCUGCUCCUGCUCCUGCUGCUGCUGAAGAAGGUGCCGCUGCUCCAGCAGAAGAGGCCCCCGCAGACGGUAAACAGAAAUCAACACACUGACAGCAACAUUUCUGCAAAAACAACAUAAAGCAUUGCAAGCAACAUCUGCAGUUUGCUAAUACUCAUCAACAGCCAAUCCACAGCAUGAUUACUGUAACAAUAUAAACCACUAAUUUGCCCUCCUGAUGGCAUUUUAACAUUAGCUGCUGCUGCUCCUCCUGCUGCUGCUGCUGAAGAAGCUGCUGCUGCUCCAGCAGAAGAGGCCCCAGCAGACGGUAAACGGAAAUCAACACAGUGACAGCAAAAACGCCAAAACCACUGCAUGAAAUAACUGCAUUAUUACAAUAUUCAUCAACAACCGAUUCACCGCAUGAUUUAUCUUACUUUAUGGACCACUAAUUGGAUUUCUUAAUGGCAUUUUAACAUUAGCUGCUGCUCCUGCUGCUGCGCCUGAAGAAGGUGUCGCUGCACCAGCAGAAGAAGCCCCCGCAGAUGGUAAACAGAAACUGACACACUGACAACAAAAACACAAAAACCACUGCAAUAAAUAGGUGCAUUAUGAAAAUACUCAUCCAAGACUGAUCCACAGCAUGAUUUAUGGUUCAUUAUAAACCACUAAUUAGAUUUCCUAAUGGCAUUCUAUAUUAGCUGCUGCUGCUCCUGCUGCGGCUGAAGAAGUUGCCGCUGCACCAGCAGAGGAAGCUCCUGCAGAUGGUAAACUGAAACUGACACACUGAUGGCAACAUUUCUGCAAAAACUCAAAAAACACAGCAUGAAAAAAUUGCAUUAUAGAAAUACUCAUCCACAACCAAUCAACAGCAUGAAAAUAUUACAUUUUAGACAACUUAUUUAAUAUACUAAUGGCAUUUUAACAUUAGCUGCUGCUGCUCCUGCUGCUGCUGCUGAAGAAGUUGCCGCUGCACCAGCAGAGGAAGCUCCUGCAGAUGGUAAACUGAAACUGACACACUGACAGCAACAUUUCUGCAAAAACUCAAAAAACACAGCAUGAAACAGUUGCAUUAUAAAAAUACUCAUCCACAGCCAAUCAUCAGCAUGAGUAUUGUUACAUUAUAAACAACUUAUUGGAUAUACUAAUGGCAUUUAAACAUUAGCUGCUGCUGCUCCUGCUGCUGCUGCUGAAGAAGGUGUCGCUGCACCAGCAGAAGAAGCUCCUGCAGACGGUAAACAAAAGCCAACACACCUCCAGCAAAAAACACAAAAACUUUGCAUGAUAACUGCAUUAUUUAAAUACUCAUCAACAACCAAUUCACUGCAUGAGUUAUCUUACAUUAUGUACCACUCAUUGGAUCUCCUGACGGCAUUUUAACAUUAGCUGCUGCUCCUGCUGCUGCGCCUGAAGAAGGUGUCGCUGCACCAGCAGAAGAAGCCCCCGCAGACGGUAAACCGAAACUGACACACUGACAGCAACAUUUCUGCAAAAACACAAAAACUACUGCAAGAAAUAACUGCAUUAUUAACAAUAUACUCAUAAGUCAAGCUAUGUAUGAUGCUUUUAUCCAGCUGUGAGGACUCACAACUUCUUCAGGAUCAUCAGAUUGGUACUACAUUAAAAGACGACGGAUUUAAGCAGGUCCUCAUUGCUGGCGCGUGUUUUUAAAAACCACAUUAACCUUCCGCUUGUUUGAUGCUAGCCGCUCCAGCUGAAGCUGCUGAACCUGCUGUAGUUGAGGAGCCGCCAAAGGCACCCACACCUCCACCUCCUGCAGGUAACAUCCACAAGGUGCUCUGUUGGUCAAGUCUUUUUGAUUAUAACAGCUGAACAUAGAUAUGUCGAACUUGUUCUUUUGGGCGCAAAGAUAUACAUUCGUAUUGAAAAAACAGGCAGAUGUUCACUUUUAGCUAGUGGUAACAGCAAAUAUUCAAGUUUUGAUGAAAAACCAUCACUUUACUCAACUGAUGUAUUAACUUCUACUCAUUAUAGGAACAGAUACAAGAAUGUGUGUUGAGUUAUUUGCUCUUAAAGUCAAUUCAGGUACUUGAAAAUCUUGGUAGAAGUAUUUAUUGGUUGCGGUCUAGCUUGUGGUCUUGAUGUUUAUUGAGGACUACGUUUCCAUUUAGUGUUUUUCCAGUGUCCAGUUUCCUCAGGUCAUCUUCUGUCGUUCAUUUGAAUCCUUAAUUAACCCGUCUGAAUCUCCUCCAGUCCCCACCAGCCCUCCUCUGGAUGUCUCUGUGGAAGACGUGAAUGACUCCAGUCUCACCAUUAAAUGGACUGCCCCAGCGACCAUUGGAGACUCUGGCCUGGAUGGAUAUGCCAUUGAAUACUGCAAGGAUGGAAGUAAGUCUCCAUAUGCGUGUGUUUGUGUGUGUGUGUGAGUGCGUGUGUGUGGGGCUGCACCUGUCCCCAGAGUGUCAGAGGGCAGAUAGACUCAUAGCUGGGUCCAGACCGUAUACGGCAGGCAGCAUUUCACCGGCUGUCACUGUAUCUCCUGACACCACUUUUAGAAGCGCUCGUUUGCUCGGAUGACAGCGAGCCUUCUGAGGUUUCAUCCUGAUGGCCAAAGUGUACACCUUAUGAGCAUGUUUGUAAACGUGUGUCGACAGGUGAUAAACUACUUAACAUCUCCCAUUAGGGGGUGUUUUACACUCAAAUUAGAAGAAAGUCGAAUGUAUGUUAUGUAUCAAGUGAAAAUAAGAAGCAACCUUGUAAUACCAACAUGAUUAACACUCUUAAAGUGAAGCAUAUUUGGUGUUUUUCCUACAGCGACAGACUGGGUUGCGGCUCAAGAGGAGCUGACCCCAUCUAACCGCCUCUGCAUCAAGAAUCUGACGACCGGUGACCUGCUGCAUGUGCGUGUGGUGGCUGUAAACCCUGGUGGCCGCAGUGAACCUGGGACACUCGCUGCACCAGUGCCAAUCCGGGAGGUUGCUGGUGAGUAGCAGCCAAGAAGUUUUUCAAUCUGAGCAUUCGUCAUCUCUCACUGUAUUGAGCUUGUCAUUGCAAAAACCUUUCUAGCUUCAUGCAGAGAACAAGAUUUUUUGCAACAAGGAGAAGAAGAUAAAGGAAACUAGAGUGCAGAAUGAUCAAAAGUGAAUUUGAUUUCUCCACAGAAGUUUUAAUCAAAGUAUUAAACCCUCAAAUGAAUCUUCCGUAGAAAGAAAGCUUUGAUAUUUGCGGUUUCCGCCGUGUUAAGACAGCUCUUCCAACUUCUUUUGUCGAACCUCUUUAUCAGAAGCCCUCUCGUGGUUGUAACUUAUGACCUAUCCUUAAAAUACUCAUGUUGCAACCCUGAAGUUAUUAACUGCUGUGGCCUCAGAUGGACUUCAGUGAUGUGUGUACAUAAAUCCCACAGGUGUUGACAAGACCUUUCAUUGGCUGUAAAUCUUGCUUUCACUAACACGUACUCACGUCUUCAGACGUUACUGAAGGUCUGACAGAUUACGGCACUAGACGGUCAGGCGCUCUAAAUAUUUAUACCUUUAAUUUUUAAUCAUUUAAUAAUUCGAAUUAAUUAAUUGACCCUUUUAUAGCCUUGAGUAUUACAAAAAUAUUAAGCUAACAACAGUAAUAAAAAGUUAUGAUAAGAGUAACAGCAGAGACAAAAAAAUCUUCUUAUACUGCACAGGAUCUUUUUUCCGUUCUGCACAAUAUUGACUCAAACACUGGUGCAGCUACAGUGAAAGGUCUGGAUCUCAAACAGCUCGUGCUGCAUCACUCUCACUGGUCUUAAAGAUGAUUAAAUGAAAGUCUUGAGUCAGACAGAGGAAGCACUUAGCUAAUGAACCAUCUGGCAGCUCUUUUCAAGUGACUGCAGCCCCGUGAGCAUGACCUCCUGAUCACUUUCCCUCUUCACUUCAUGAGAAAACUCUCUUACCGAAUUGUUGUGUUACACAGGUGCAACUAGUACGUGAUAUUACAAGUAAACUAUAGCAUAGUGUAGUAAUAUUAAACCAUGUGAUUACCUGCUGAGCACUACCUUUAUUUGUGUUUCUGUUGAACUUCUUAGAAGUUGGCAGCAGAUAAACUGGAUUAAAUAAUUAAAUCACAGCUGGUUCGCUAAUGUCUUUUGGUGCCUCUAAUCCAAACAAGAGUCAAAAUUCAUGUGUGUAUAUAUUUUUACUGAUCAAAUAACAUCAGGUUAUUUAUUUAUGCCUCUGUGUACAACUAUCAGCGUUUUGUGUGUAAAUUAAUAGCCUUGUUUUUUAAGUGUAGUUGAGAUCAUUCCAGGGUCAUUAAAAAAUACUACCUCCUGAGCAGGGGGGUUUCAAGGAGAAGAUGGUUCACCCUGGAACUAAAUUUAGACUCUGGUUCCACACAGAGUUCCUCGAAAGGUCCGUAGUUCUUGCGUAAAGAUCCUACGGUUGAAAAGCACGUGAUGUUUAAAUGAAUGGAUGGUGACUCUGUUUACUUCAUAUGAGUUCCACUGAUGAGUUUUUUGAGGAAUCAUGUUUAAAAAAGCUCCUUUAAAUCAAAAACUGUUAAAGUUAUUUUGUUCUGACCGAAAACAUGACUCAUACUAGGUGCAUCUAUGAAGAAUAAUAAGGUUGAGUAUCCAUAAAACAUCUGAUCUAUUACAUGAAGCCAAAGCGUGAUCUGAACAUCUCGGAUCAUUUUGUUCUCACAAUUAAAAUGUAGAAUAUUUUCUCAUACCAGUUUUUAUUUUUUUUUAUUUUACAGCAGCAAAAGCUCCAAAAUAAACAUGGAUUUUCAUUUCCUCUUUUUAUUUUGAUGGGUGUAAUGAAAGAUUAAAAAUCCCCUAGAACUGCUAAAAAAAACAACUUGCCAAAGCAAAACUUGCAGAUCCUCUUUCUUCUGUUUAACAUCAGUUUCAUUUCAGAGCCUUGACUUUCCAUCAGCUCUCACUUUGAGUCACAUUGGCAGGGUGUCAUCCUGAGCUGACAUGCCCCAGUUAUCCACUUUUAGAAGAACAGCUUACCGUCUCUGAGCGAAUUUCCUGGUCGCAGUUCAAACUGCUGUGGACAAACAGGAAACUUUAGUAGAGAAACGCAAGUUGUGCAAUUAGAUCUGCUGGCCGAAUGAGGGGAGCGACACAUGAGCCUAAUAGAUGGAUUCUGGGUGGCUUGUUGGGGGUAAAUUCAGCUGUGUGUCCUGACCAGACACCCAGCCACACAUUCAGGUCUCUGAUAAAGACACGCUGUCCUACAUAUGCUGAAAGCCCCCCACAAAGACACUUUAUCCAGAGACAAAGACAGGUUAGAGAUGGUGUGCAGGAGGACUCUCUGGCUGCUGGAUGCUGUAAUGCUAGCUGCACUUCCGGGCAUUGCUGGGAAGUGUUCUGAUUAGCAGGGAUUAUUGUUUGAGCCAAAUCUGGAUGCAGACCUGAUCCCCAUGGGUAAUAAUGCUUGCAGCAGCUACACCGGCCUGUGCAGCAGUGUAGCAGUGACAAAUGUUGGAGUAGAAAGCAGGCGAGAAAUCAGGGUUGAUUUGAAAGAAUGUAAGAAGAAAUUAUGACACCUACAAAAGAUGCAGAGGAGAGAUGAUUUUGAGUGGAUGAGGAGGUCACUGCAAGGGGGAAAGGUGAUGGAGGGCAGCAGCUUCAAUGUUUCAUGUUUCCAGUAAGCCCACGGAGCUUUUCAGAUAUCUGCUGCUUAUGCACAAACAUGCUAGAGAUGCUGUCCCUGAUACUUAUCACCCAGACCAAACACAAGCAUCCAGCAGAGUGGCUUACUAGUAGUCUCACAAAGUCCCAACCCCAGUGAAAUUUCAUCCCUAUCGUUUUAUUCACAGCACAAGCACCAGCAGUUAUCGCUGUUGAUUAGGAUGCCUCUAGACUUCGUAACUGUAGGUGUUUGGAGAUGUGAUGUUUGAUCACUCCAGUCGAAGCUGAAAGUGAUGACAUCCUCCUGCUGCUUCUUUGUGCAUGACAUGAGGGAACACGUGUUGGUUCGUGUCCAAGUGUCUCAUCACCAAAGCUAUUUUGAGUGCUGGUGGGCACAGGGUCUUCCUCUUUGGACUGUCUCUACCCAGCUACUGAAUGUCUUCUACCCUCAUAAAUGCAAAAUCUCCUUUUCUAUGUAUGGCCACUCAUAAAAAGCAACCUUUCUAAACAGUUACCUACAAAUUUCCCAUACAAACUACAACAACAUGUACUUUUUCAUCACUGGACUAACCUAGGGGGUUAAUUUUAGCUCAUUCGGUCAUGGUGUCUGGUCAGACUCACCCAGCAUCAGCUGGUCUAUUUAGGUCUGGUAGAGCUGACGUUCUGAGUGUACUCGACCCCAAUUUGGAAGUGAUCUCUGCACAGUUUGUACACUGUGCAUGGGUAACUGGUGUGGUUAGUUAGGAGUUUAAGUGAUGCAACAGACGGGCUAAUGAAAAUAGAAAACUUAUGACGUUCAGAGCUCGAAAUAUGACAUGCUCAAAUAUCCUCCUGGUUUUCAGAUCGUCCCAAGAUCCGCAUGCCUCGUCAGCUCAGAGCCAGAGUUGUCAAGCAGGUUGGAGAGCAGAUCAAUCUGGUCAUCCCUUUUCUUGUAAGCACAAACACACAUACACAUCUAAAUAAUGCAUAAAAAAAAACUUAGAAAUUUGCACAGAAGUAUUUAAUUUUCCUCUUUUUUUUUCUGACUCAUCAGGGAAAGCCCAAACCUGCGGUGUCCUGGCUGAAGGAUGGUCAGCCUCUGGACACAAAGAGGGUUAACAUCAGGAACAGCGACAAGGAUACCAUCAUUUUUAUCCGCCAGGCUCAGAGGGAGGACUCUGGUGUUUAUGAGAUAUCUGUUAAAGUGGAAAGCUUUGAAGACAAAGUCCCCCUUGUGCUUCAGAUCGUGGGUGAGUCACACCUGGGUAAUGUUUACAUUCACAAAUAGAAGCACAUUUGCGCUUGUUGCCUCCGGGACUUCUGACUUGCUCCAACAGCGGUUCAUAGCACAUGCAGACACGCAUCACACCUCUUACAAUGAUGACCUUUGACCCCGGAGUGUUUGACCCAGCUGUCGGCUGCUGGUGUUAAAGUGUGCUGCCUGACAUUAGUGGCAUUAACAAACAAAUACCUGGUCCAAUUUUGAUCUAACAGAGCCAGGAGCUGACACCAUCCGUGCUUUGAUGAAAACACUGGUUAUAACUCUAACACUUAAUAAUGACUCAUACUGAUGUGUCUCCUCAGAGCUGCCUGGACCUCCUACCAGUAUGAAGCUGGUGGACUCCUGGGGCUUCAACGCUGCACUGGAAUGGACCCCUCCUAAGGAUAAUGGCAACACAGAGAUCACAGGAUACACCGUGCAGAAGGCCGACAAGAAGACUGGGGUAAAAAACAUAUUGUCAAACUGAUAUACAGUACAGGCCAAAAGUUUGGACACACCUUCUCAUUCAAUGUCUUUUCUUUAUUUUUUUAUAUGACUAUUUACAUUGUAGAUUAUUAGUGAAGGCAUUAAAAAUAUGAAUGAACACAUGUAGAAAUUUGUACUUAUAAAAAAAGUGUGAAAUAACCGAAAACAUGUUUUAUAUUCUAGUUUCUUUAAAAUAGCCACCCUUUGCUCUUGAUGACAAAAGUACCUUGUCAGGGUUACUUCAGGCACUCCUGUGAAGUAAAAACCAUUUCAGGUGACUACCUCAUGAAGCUCAAUGAGAGAACAGCUAAAGUUUGCAGCGCUAUCAAAAAAGCAAAGGGUGGCUACUUUGAGAAAUCUAAAAUUUAAAACAUGUUUUCAGUUAUUUCACACUUUUUUCUUAAGCACAUGAUUCCGCAUGUGUUCAUUCAUAGUUUUGAGAAUCUACAAUUUAAAUAGUAAUGAAAACAAAGAAAAUGCAUUGAAUGAGAAGGUGUGUCCAAACUUUUGGCCUGUACUGUAUAACCAUGCUUUGACCAUGUUUGCACUCUUUCAUUCACUGAACAAGAUAGACUGAAUUCUACCGCAUUUCCUUGCAUGAACUAACCCAUACAGCUGCUGUAAUAACCCUUUUCACACGCGAACCGGACAUUCAGGUUAUUAUAAUUUUAGGAACAGCCUCUCACACAUGCAAAGUACAAAGAAGUCAUGAUGCAGACAACUGAAGGUGGCAGAGAAGAGUUUAAAGCAACACGAACAAGGUCAUCGCCCCGGGCCCCUCGCUCGCAGUAAAUUCUCCAGACUAUUACCCGCUGGGUUCAUGUGUCUCAUCCCAAAGUCACCCAAACAUUUCACCAGGAGACGGGCUGGAAACGAAAGCAGAAAGUUGGGAGAGAGCAGAUUAAGGCACUUGCAUUUACAUAAUCGCCCAACCAAUUUAGCAUCUUGAAAUGGUGAGGAGUGCAGAGCUUGUGCCAAAGGGGUUCAUGUUACUGUGCAGCAGACAGUGGGUAAGUUUCUACCAGGGGCUGCUGAGAAAAGAACCAUGAAGACUUACUUUGAUUGUCUCAUGCUAGUUUCACUUGAACCAUCUCUAUAACUUUAGACUUUUUACAGAGACUACUCAGAAGAGGUAAAAAUAACAUUAUAAUAGUGGUUUGAUCUAUUGUUGACUUUGCUUUGUCUGCAAGGUGUCCCCUCCCAUUUUAAAACAUGUAUCUACCAAGAUCAGACUAAAGACAAUUCCUGUUAAACUCCUGUCCAAACCAACUUAAUGUACUAUCUGAUAUGAGCAGAAUAUGUGAGCUGAGACCACGGUUUCUAAGUCCUCUCUCAUGCCUUGUGAAGUGCUACAGGGAUCUGUCCUGGGGCCCCUACUGUUCUCCCAUUACGUGUAGUCAUAAACAGAUUUUAAUUUAUUCUAUCACCUGUAUGCAGAGGAUAUGCAACUCCACUUCACAUUUAAACCCAUGAAACCUGUUGGUUGCCUUGACUCUUGGACUCUCUCUAUAUAUAUGACUGGUGCUAACUUACAGCCAAAUGCAGAUGAGACUGAGAUGCAAGUUUUUGCCCAAGAUAGGAUUGUUCCUAUAGUCUUAUACGGUAUUGAAUCCCUUUCCCAUGGUGCUCAUUCCAGUCUCAGGAUGUGGUAUCUAGUCAGGACUGUAGUCAGCACCAUACAUCUUUGACAGCUAAACUGAAGAUCGUACGUGAUGAUGUUAUUUUCAUCCAGGAAUUAUCCAUGCACAGAGAUUCUAGGUGUCUACCCCUGAACUUGAGAUGCACAUAUAUGCUUCCAUGUCAUCAUGCAUGAACUCCUGAUAUUUUGUCUGAUACUCACUUAGCAUGUCUGCUCUAAAUCACCUGCAGUCAGUACAGAACGCUGCAGGAGUGUCAAGGAGGUCAAAUAAACAGUCUCACAGCGCCCCAAUGCUCAGAUCCCCUUUUAGAUUUCAGACAGACCCUGAAUUAUGGAGUUGAACUGAUUCAUCCCCAUCAGCAGACCUGUUUCCUCAAGUCUGAAACACUGUAUCAACUAUCAUCUAUACAUAUGCAUGGUAGCAGACUUUUCCAAAACUCUUUAUUUCUAUAGGUUUUUGUCUAUAUUGAACACUUUCAAAGAGCUAAGUUUCACUUGUUUACGUCUGAGAGCUGUGCCUCAUGGCUCUAGACUCUGUCGGCAGGUAAUCCUCUCAGAGAGAACGGACAGUAUGUAGUAACCUCUUACUUCAGUCAGACAGCCGGUGUUGCUGUUCAUAACCAAUCAAUACAAUGUUGUAAUCAAUCCAUGUUGUACCAAGCUUAGAGUCUUCACAUGUGUUUACUUACAGGAGUGGUUUACAGUACUGGAACACUACCACAGACUCACCGCAACCGUCUCAGACCUCAUCAUGGGAAACUCAUACAUCUUCAGAGUGUUCACUGAGAACAAGGUGGGAAUGAGUGAGGGCUGUGCUGUGACCAAGGGUGCGGCUACCAUCCAGAAAACAGGUGACCUCCGCGGCUCAUUUCUUAACCCCUCUGAAGUGUUUAAAGACGUGGCUGCUGUACAAGUUGCUACUUAGGCUUUAAUGAGCUGAAGUAAGUCUGUGGGUCUUGUUAGUUUGCGUGUGUGCGUGUGUGUCUCUGCGUAAGUGUGUCUUUAAAGUGAAGACUUGAAGGGUGGAAAUGACUCUGGCACUGCUUUAAACAUGAGUGGGGACCCUCUUGGCUGCUGGUCAGCUCCUACUGAAAUAUAUUUUAAGAGGUUCUGACAGCAUUAAGACAGCUGGCAAAGCAAACGCUGCUCUUCCUGUGAGUGUGUGUGCUGUGCAUAUGGAUGUUUACACCUUAUUUACCUGUGUCCUUGCAAGGGAUGUCAUAAGGUCAGCAUGCUAAAUCCGGUUACUCCCAUUGAUGAAAUAAGUAGUUCGCUAUAUAGUAUAGUUCGCUUCACUGUCCGCUGUGUUGUUCAAGACCGGUUCUUAAUGGUUGGUUCUCCAUGACUUUUUAACAAUCUCAUCUCUUUAAACAUUUCUUCACAGAUAUUGUCUACAAGCCCCCUGAAUACCCUGAGCACGACUUCAGUGAGGCCCCCAAGUUUACCACUACCCUCAGUGACCGUGCUGCCACAGUGGGAUACACCACCAAGCUGCUGUGUUCUGUCCGUGGAUGCCCUAAGGUUAGACAGACAACCCUCGAGUCAAUCAUCAGUAUAUCUCAUCUUGAUAAACGAUAGCUAAUCUUUGAAGUCAGCGUUUGAAAACAUCUGGAGGAGUUUUUUUAUCAUCAAACAUCAAUCUCCAAGAUUUGUAGUUCUAUAUAUGAGCAGCUCUGACUGGGAUCCUUUAAUAAAUCAUCUGAGUGUGCGGUUUACCGCUUCAAAUGAAAUAUCGAUGUCACUGCUAGAAGAUCUCCCGUGGAGAACGGGGGCAGAGCUUACACUGGCAUGUCUGUGUGAAGUUUCAAUAUGUCUCUCACUUUUCUUGGCUGCCACUGCUCUGGUUAAACAUAUCUUUACAGUUGUCUGGCUGACGCAGAUGGUGGAAAUGUGUUUGAUUAGCUGUCCUUGGUGAGAGUAGUCAAGGACAGCUCGGACAGUCUGUCCACGCUGGUGUAGCGGAGACAAACCAGACAGAAGGGGAUGGUGGCCCAGGCUGCACUCAGUACGACCGAUUGUCCCUGAAGAGCCUGAAUUUGAUCUUAAUUUGAAAUUAGACCUCUAGAGAUGGCCCUGCUGUGUCCCAACUGGGUCUCUGCUGCCUCUCCCUGAGAACCAGCCGGUUUGAUUUCUGCGACCAGUUUGACAAAUUUUCAGCUGCUGUAUCCUGCAACAGAAUCCGAGGAGCUAUGUGAAAAUAGACCCGCUGAUUAUCUGUAGACCACGGAAAGAGAGGCACUGGACACCUCCUUCAUACAGGAGACUCUCGUUCUCUGAAUGUGUACUUAACCUAUGUUCAACCCCAACUAUUUGAACCUGCUGCCACAGGUUAAUCCCUCAGUGUCAGCUUUCACACAGCCUUGACUGUGGUCCUUGCCACAUAACUCCUGAACCACAUAGUUACAUAAUUAUGGAAAGCAACACUAAAAUUAAAAUGCAGUUUUCCCGUCCCUCUAACUUUCACCACGGCCCUCUUUUUAGUUUUUAUCUCCUUUUGUAUAACAUCUACUAUCUGAAGUAUUUCACACCUCAGUAGCAUGUGUGAAAGCCGUUUGUCAGGCUACUCUCUCUCUUACUAAGAGUCCACGGCCUAUUGAGGAUGUCCUGUUAGUUGUCCUGCUGACUCUGAUAAAGAGACAGACAGAGGCUUCAUGAUGAGCAGGGAGAGAGGCUAGAUAAGCAGAGUGAAGUCAAAGAGACAAUGAUAAGUCUUCAGUGGAGAUGUUGUUUUAUCACAUUAGUUUCUAUUUUUGCCACCUGUCAUGAGUGGAGCUGUGUUAUCAGUGUGACUGAUAUCUGCACACAGAUGCCCGAAGACAGAAAUGUGAUUGGCCAAGACAGAGAGAUGGACAUUAGACGUUAGGUCAGCUGAUUUAUUAUCGUGUAUUUAAAAGCUGAUAUAUCCUCUUUCAAAAUACAUGGCUGUAAUUACAUCUCAUCAUCUCUGUUUUUGCUUUACUUGAUCUUUUCUGUCAUAGCAAGACAAACUAUGAUCUCAUUGGCUAAUCAAUCUUCUCGGACAGGUGUAAACACACUCAGCUGCGUCUGCCACAUAAAACCUGUAGGUCGACAGAGUAAGUCAGCACCAGUAGCAUCUUCAUCUUUCACCAGUGUUGGUUUGCAAAAACAUCAUUAAGAUCAGCUGCAGCACCUCUCAUCUGCCGAAGCUCAAACGUACAGAAGCUGGUCUCCUGCCAAGACUGGAAUUUGAAGACUAGAAAUUUCCUCAUCUUUUAUUAGAGAGGGCAGUAGAGGUAAUGAAGACUCAACAGAUAGUAUUAGUUUUGACUUAAACAUAGUUUGAGUUUCACCACCAAGCUGCGCAUACAACAUUUAAGCUCGAACAGAUGUUUCACCCUCAGUUAAAAAUGUAAAACCCUUACACAAUCUGAAAUUUAUCCUAUUAAAAUCUGUUUCAAUCAUUUCCAAGAAUUAUCUUGCAUAACUCUUCAGUUUACCGGAACAGUUUUUGACCAUUUUAAAGCCACUGAAGAGUCACCUUUUCAAAUAUUCUGUUACCUCCAAUCUCCCCAUAUCAGCUUAAAUUAAAAAAACACCAUUUUGAAAUCUUAGGCAGCAACUAAGAACUAAAUCUGUUUCACGCAUCACUGCCGGAGAAUUAAAACAAUUUGUGCUGAAAUGCAUCAGCUGAAUUGAAAUCCUAUAACCAGAGUCUCCUGCAUGAAGCUGGACCCUCAGAAAUCCAGGGAGCGUGUCACAGAGACCCUGAAUAGCACAUAGCUCGAGAGGUCAGGAAAAACACUUACAGUGCUCUCGUUCUACCAAUGUGUCACCCUCAGCACAGACUGCCUGAGUUCACUGAAAACAAGCCAAGCCCAGUGCCCUCAAAUGUUCAGAGUGUAAACAAACAAGUGCAAGACUUAAGCAGAUAGAGAGUAAUUCUAAUAAACAAAUCUAUGUAAUGAAUGUGUGCAACCUUGGGAUCAAUGUAAGUAAAAGAUAGAUAAUAUAAAGACAGCAGCUUUGAUAUGCUUUCACUGAAAUACUUAAAAAUCUCAUAAAUGUAAAAUGACUUUUUUAAAUAAGUGAUUUCUAAAUUUUGAUUCUGAUCCCAAAUGAUUGAAAUCUUUUUCAACUCAGAAUCAGAAGUCCUCAAAUUUUCCCUCCACCUUUGGCAAUUUUUACAUAUUCAAAGAAAUAAAACUUAAAAAAUAGAAGAAAAGCAACAAAAGCAAUCUUAGUGGAACUAUAAAAUCUAUGUACUACACCCUGAGGUCAUUUAUUAGACAUUAUUUUACCAUAUCUGCAGGAGUUGAUCCCAAGGUCAAUGGAAAAUAUCCACAGAACUACAAAAUCCUCUUGUCCUGUUCUAAAGAUAUAUCAUUCCCAUGUUCCUAGAUCUCUAUAUGUCUGACUGAAAACUGAUAUCCUGCUUAUACUUCCUUCAAGUAGCUGCUUACUCUGAUUAAGUUUGUUUUUAGCAACUGAUCCUGUCAUAAACAGAGAAGUAGCCGUGUGAAAAUUUCCAAAAACCUGUGAAUAUGUUUUUAAGAGAACGUGAUAAAUUCCUGAAUAUUAGCCUCACCCACAUCUGGAUCAAAAAAUGUUUGAAAUAACAAAUAACUAAAUUUAUUAUUUUAUUUUAUUUUAUUUUAUUUAUUUAACUAAAUAAAUAAGAAGUAACUUUAAUCAGGACAUCCUUAAACAUGCCAAUUUUCUUUGUGUUUGCUCAUGUCCAAGUUAGGCUCUGUAUUUAAAUAAAUUUACAUCAAGGUUUGUGUAACUCUGGCUCAUUUUAGUUUAUUUACACUGUAAUAACUUGAACUGUUCCCAAGCAUUACUCCGAAAAAAGGGCAAAUUUAAAAAUAAUAAAUAAGUCAUUUAGGAUCACGACAGUCAUUACUCAACUGUGGAUUAAAGAUUUGUCACACAUGUUGGAUGUCUUCUCUCCCUUCUCUCUCAGCCUAAGAUUGAGUGGUUGAAGAAUCAGAUGGUGAUCGGUGACGACCCCAAGUAUCGUCAGAUCUCUAACCAGGGCAUCUGCUCCCUGGAGAUCCGCAAGCCCUGCAGCUUUGAUGGAGGCGUGUACACCUGCAGAGCCAAGAAUGCCCAGGGAGAGGCCACUGUGUCCUGUAAACUGGAGGUCAAACGUACGUAUAAAGCUGUAAAUCUCUGGAAUUGAUUGAAAUUCUGCUUAUUGCCUUGUUGCCAAGAGUGAAAUGGAGUAAUAGAUACUAUUUUUACUUGCCUAAUAUAAAGCUGAAGGCAACAGCAAGUAUCAGGUUCAGUGCUGGAGGGUGGGUUUCAUUAACUCUGACUCGAGCUAAUCUGGUUGUGUAAUCUAGUUUUCAUUCCUCAUGCUAAACUGAAUUUAAUCUUUCCCCAGGAUGUAGUUUGAUGGAGGUACCAGAACCUCAGUCCUCUAAAAAAAAACUGGAAGUAACUCUAUAUUCCUCUCUCAACAGAGAUUAUUAUUUCAGAGGAGAAGGGAAAAUAA